GGCGCGCACUUCCGGCGCAUGCGUGCUGUGCCGCCUGGUGCUGGCCGUGUGCAUGGGGUCGCGCGUGGAGCUGGGGUUCGCGGAGGAGGCGGCCCCGUGGCGCCUGCGCAGCGCCCAGUUCCCCAGCAAGGUGGGGGGGCGGCCGGCGUGGCUGGGCGAGUCCGGGCUGCCGGGCCCCGCCGAGCUGCGCUGCGCACGGUGCGGGCGGCCCUGCGCCUUCCUGCUGCAGCUCUACGCGCCGCUCCCCGGCCGCCCCGACGCCUUCCACCGCGGCCUCUUCAUGUUCUGCUGCCGCGGGCCCGCCUGCUACCGGCCCGGGGCCCAGGGGCCGCUGCGAGGAACCAGCUUCCGAGGAAGAAUGACACCUAUUCCUAUGAUCCACCACCUGAAACGCCCCCUCCUGAAGGGCAUCCUCCUGUGAGCCUCCAGCUGCAAUGUGGAGCUCAUCUGUGCAGAGUCUGUGGCUGUUUAGGGCCAAAGGCAUGUUCCAAAUGUCACAGGGCCCAUUACUGUAGUAAAGAUCAUCAGAUUGUGGAUUGGAAAUUGGGACACAAACUAUCUUGUGUGCAGUCAGCUCAACUGGACACUGCAAUUCCAGAUCACAAGUUCCUUUUUCCAGAGUAUGAAAUUGUAAUAGAACCUGAGGAAAUGGAAACUCCUGGUGACAGUCAAACAGAUGCAGAUACACAAAAGAACUUGGAGAAACAUGACGAAUUGGCGGCUGCAGGCGGUGCAAGUGAUGGUUUUGAGUCACUAGAUGAGGAGGUAUUGGAGGCAAUGGCAAAACAUGAGACUCGAGAAGACAAGAUUUUCCAAAAGUUUAAAAAUCGAAUAGCUGCAGAGCCAGAACAGAUUCUCAGAUACUGUCGAGGAGGAGAAGGUCCCAUAUGGAUCUCGGGUGAAAACAUUCCUCGGAUGAAAGAGAUCCCAAAUUGUUCAUGUGGUGCCCAAAGGAUGUUUGAAUUUCAAGUUAUGCCACAACUCCUGAACCACCUGAAGGUUGAUAGCCUAGAAGAAAGUAUUGACUGGGGAACACUGGUAGUCUACACAUGUGCUGAAAACUGUAACCAAGCAAAUGGAUAUAUGGAGGAGUUCAUCUGGAAGCAGGACAUUACUGCAGACUCUACUUAACUACUACACAUUUAUUUUUAGUUUCUGUAAAGAAAUUAAUUGUUUAUACACAUGUACUGAAGUGUUACACAUUGCAAGAAGGAAAAAAGGUAAAUGAACUAUUAUUUCAUACUGAGGAACUAGCCCAGAGUUGUAUCACCUUUAAUGUGUAUAUUGUAAUUAAAUUAUAGCUAAGUCAUUAAAA